AUGACCUGUCCCUCCAUCCUCAGCACCAGGGGGGAUACAUGCGAGAGCCUAUCACGAAGAUGUGGUGUCUCCGAAGACUAUCUCCUUAUCUUCAACGGAAACUCUACUUGUUCCACUCUGCCUCUGGGCUUGCCCGUGUGUUGCUCGGACGGGGCGCGUCAGCUUCCACCGACAGGUAACGGGGCUUUGUGCUACGUGUAUACCAUCGAACACGGCGAUACCUGUGCUCAGCUUGCGGACGGGUUCGGCAUCACCGUGCCCGAGAUUGUGAAAUGGAACAAGAACACCACUGGCUGGAAUGGUUGUAAUCAUCUGGAGGAUGGAGGGCGAAUCUGUCUCAGUGCUGGCGAGCCGCCUAUGCCGGUUGCACUUCCAGAUGCGGUCUGUGGCCCCCGGUGUUCGGUCUGGGGGAAAUGCGGGACGGGGCCAGACUUUUGUGGCUCGGCUGCAGCUGGAGAUGCCGUGCCUAAGGCAAGUUCGAAGGAAACGAACGCCAUGACAGCUAUUAUCCCAAAGGCAAGCGCGAAGGAAGUCAAUGGCGUCACAACCGUACUCAGGGCGACUACGAAGGCAGGCACAGCUGCAAUAGCUGUCAUCCCCAAGGCAAGCACGAAGGGUGUCGAGGCUGUUACAUCUAUUGUCUCCAAGGCAAGUACGAAGGAAGGCAAAGCUACAACACCUGUCAUUCCUAUGGCAAGCACGAAGCAUGUAGAGGCUGUCACAUCUAUCGUCUCCAAGGCAAGUACAAAGGAAAGCAAAGCUGCAACAACUGCCAUCCCCACGGUAACUCCAGAGUUUUUCAAUGGCAUCAUAGCCCUACCCUUAGCGACUACGAAUGAAGUCAAUAGCAUCACAACAGGACCCAAGACGACUACCAUUCAAGCCACGUCAACCAUAACAGUCGACACUGUCACUCCAGGACCUGCAGAGAAGAAGUUAGAUUUCGACUUACUCAAUCCUCUACUGUUCAUCAUGUCAGUGGCCAAACUUGAGAGCGCAGGCAAAGAUGCUACCACCACUGUGCCCACCCAGUCUACGACUUCCAAAGCAACCGCAACCACAUUGAUUAGCACCACUAAGCCCUCAACCUCAGUGGCAACCACGUUGACCACCGCAACUAAAACCAACGACAACCCCCCAUCCACCAAUGCUGCUGGAGUGGUCACGGUGCCCACGGGGUGGUCGUUGACAAUGUACGGCGGGUGGGACUGUAGCGGCAACUACAUGGUUUUCGAAGGCCAUAACAAGAAGUUAGAUGACAGUGACUGCAUGCUCAUUGGCAAGGACAGUACACUCCGCUCUGUGCUCAACGAUACAGCGGUCUCGUGCCGGUGGUGGAUUGAGGGUGGCAACGACUGGCUGCCUUGUUCUGAAAGUUAUAUGUCAGUCAAGCCCAAUUCGUGGGUUAUGUCGAAUGGGCUCUGCACUGUUUCUCCGAAUAAAAAGUGCGACAAUUAUAACGACAUUGCUGAGACUUAUGGCUGGCGAGGAACGGGCAAUUGUCAAAAUCGUCGGACGAUGGAUCCGGCGUUUGGGUCGAUGAAGUGCUAUGUUGGAUAG